AUGUCUACUUGUUGUGAAUCCUCUACUGAAAAAAGAUAUUCAAGAAAUAAAAAAAUUGUAAGGACUUGGUCAAAAGAAGAAGACCAAAUGCUUCUUUCUGCUAUUGAAGCAUAUGGAAAUAAUUGGAAUGAAAUUGCUAAAGCUGUACCAAGUAGAAGUAGAAAACAAUGUAGAGAAAGGUUUUUAAAUAAUUUAUCAAAUGCUAAUGAAAAAAAGCAAUGGACUAUAUUUGAAGAUGCUAUUAUUCUUUCUCAACGUAAUAUUCUUGGAAAUAAAUGGACUCAAAUUUCUCAAUACCUUAAUGGACGUUCUCCAAAUGCUGUUAAAAAUAGAUAUUUUGGUCAUCUGAAAAGAUUGGGAAUUACUGAAUCAGAUAUCACAGCAUCAGUUCUCUCUCAAAAGUCUAUUAGUGCCUUUGCUCCUGUUUGUCAUGAACUUUAUUGCAUUGUAUAA